CUUCCGGCGCGGGGAGGGCGCAGAAGAUUCCGGCCGCUCGGCCACAGGCCGUCUCUAACGCCGCGGGAUGUAGCGCGGGGUCAGCGGCCCCGAGCAGAGCCCGCCGCCCGCCUGUCUUCCAUCACAGGGAACUCUCUGCCCCCUGGGGCCGAGAGACCCCACCCUUUCCCCAAGCUGAAGCCGCAGAGCAUUGAGGUACCAGCCAGAUGUCUUCUCACAAAGGACCUGUGGUGGCCCAGGGCAAUGGGGCUCCUGCCGGGAACAGGGAGGCUGACACAGUGGAGCUGGCUGAGCUGGGCCCCCUGCUAGAGGAGCAGGGCAAGCGGGGCGUCGCCAGCCCAACCAAAGCCGAAGAAGAGCAGGCAUGCCCAGUGCCUCAGGAAGAGGAGGAGGAGGUGCGGGUGCUGACACUGCCCCUGCAAGCCCACCAUGCCAUGGAGAAGAUGGAGGAGUUUGUGUAUAAGGUCUGGGAGGGGCGCUGGAGGGUCAUCCCAUACGACGUGCUCCCCGACUGGCUGAAGGACAACGACUACCUGCUGCACGGCCACAGGCCGCCCAUGCCCUCCUUCCGGGCCUGCUUCAGGAGCAUCUUCCGCAUCCACACGGAGACCGGCAACAUCUGGACCCACCUGCUUGGUUUUGUGCUGUUUCUCUUUCUGGGAAUCCUGACCAUGCUCAGACCAAACAUGUACUUCAUGGCCCCCCUUCAGGAGAAGGUGGUGUUCGGGAUGUUCUUCCUGGGCGCGGUGCUCUGCCUCAGCUUCUCCUGGCUCUUCCACACCGUCUAUUGUCACUCAGAGAAGGUCUCUCGGACCUUUUCCAAACUGGAUUACUCAGGGAUUGCCCUGCUGAUUAUGGGGAGCUUUGUCCCCUGGCUCUAUUACUCCUUCUACUGCUCCCCACAGCCGCGGCUCAUCUACCUCUCCAUCGUCUGUGUCCUGGGCAUCUCUGCCAUCAUUGUGGCACAGUGGGACCGGUUUGCCACUCCUAAGCACCGGCAGACAAGAGCAGGGGUGUUCCUGGGGCUUGGCUUGAGCGGCGUCGUGCCCACCAUGCACUUUACAAUCGCGGAGGGCUUUGUCAAGGCCACCACGGUGGGCCAGAUGGGCUGGUUCUUCCUCAUGGCUGUGAUGUACAUCACCGGAGCCGGCCUUUAUGCCGCGCGGAUUCCUGAGCGCUUCUUCCCUGGAAAAUUCGACAUAUGGUUCCAGUCUCAUCAGAUCUUCCACGUCCUGGUGGUGGCAGCCGCCUUCGUCCACUUCUACGGGGUCUCCAACCUUCAGGAGUUCCGAUACGGCCUGGAAGGAGGCUGUACUGACGACUCCCUCCUCUGAGCCGCCCCACAAGGGCACAGCAGGAACUUCCCAAGUGCUUUUAAAAUAACUUCUUUGCUGAAGUGAGAGGAAGAGUCUGAGUUGUCUUGUUUCUAGAAGAAACCUCUUAGAGAAUUCAGUACCAACCGAGCUUCAGCCCACUUCACACUCACUGGGCAAUAAACUCUCCAUUCCCUCGCUGAGAGCAGUGGGGAUGGGCAGACGUGGCCGCGCCCCCCUCGGUAGGGCAACUACUGUCCCCUCACAGAGACGGGGCUUUGAAGCUCAUGUUGAGAUUUUACCCCUCCUCCAACCAUUCUGGGGAAAAAUGAUGGACUGGGACUUUUCAGAAAUUCUGUUUCUGGAAGAAACUGUCCCUCCCUCACCCCCGUCUUGACUUUGUAACCUGGCUUAUAACAGGCCAUCCGUUUUUGUAGCACACUUUUGAAAAACAGUUAUAACCUCGUCCAUCUUUCUAGGGCCUGGACCUGCUCACACAGCAGGAAGAGCAAAGCCACCAACUUUUACACAGCCGGCUAAUCAUGGAAGUGUGUCCAGGCUUCAAAUAACUUGAGUUUUAAUGUUUUCUUGGCAGAGUAAUGUAAAAUUAAAGUGGGGAAAGAUAUUUAAUAUUUAAUACUAAGCUUUAAAAAGAAACCUGCUAUCAUUGCUAUGUAUCUUGAUGCAAAGACUAUGAUGAUAAUAAAAGAGUACAGAAGACACUUGGCAUUCAAA